UCUGUUGUGGGAGUACCAGGCUUUUACAUGGGAACCGGACAAGUCGCUCUUUAAACCCCAGAGACAGAAAAGGUGACUUUACGCUUCCGACACAGCGCCUCCUUUUGCAAGAACACGUCGACUGUUCGUCAGCUUAACGAGGGACCAGCGGAGGGCACAAGAACGACUCUUGGAUUUCUUCACUCCUAGCAGUGGCCUUUACCUGCUUGUGUCAGUCUGCUUUCCUUACCUCUUGAUGCAUCACUCCAGUGGGUGUUUUUUAAAUGCUAAGGACGCCUGCUGAAGAUUGCUCAACUUUUUUGGAGGAAGAGCCUCGAAAGGGGGGGUUUCACCCCUGCCCUUCCCCCCCUCCCCACAUCCCACCAGAACAAGCCCGCCCAGCGACCCCGUGCCCAGCCCGUGCCGAGAUCAUUUCCUGGUAUUAAGGGGCGGAGCUAGACUUGGGGCGGACCGUUGGAUGGUGUGGCGGUCCCUCACGACCAAACCAGACCGUGGAGGUUCUGUCUACCGUCAGCCAUGCGUUUCUAGUGAGGACCAGCUAUCUGCCAAAAUGAGGCUGGUGCCCACCUCGCCUCGACCCCCUCUGCUGGUGGUCUUGACCCUUGCCCUCGCCGCCAUCUUUUUUCAGCCGUCGUCAGGAGCCAUGCCCUUCCCCCAGGACCUGGAGCCAAUCAGCGUUGUCGGGAGAGAACACUCCUACCUCUACCCCAGCUUCCAGGGACUCAUGUCGGACAACGACACGGUCCGCCUGGGCCUGGACUUCCAGAGGAUGCUAAGAAUCAACCACAUCCUCUAUAUCGCUGCCAGGGACCACGUGUUCGCCGUCAACCUCGCCACCUCCUCUGAGCAGAUCAUCCCGCAGCAGAAACUGACUUGGAAGACGAAGGAUGUGGAGAAAUGCACAGUGAGAGGGAAAAACAGCGAUGAAUGCUACAACUACAUCAAAGUACUGGUGCCGCGCAACGACGAGACGCUGUUUGCCUGUGGCACAAACGCCUUCAAUCCGACCUGCCGCAACUACAAGAUGUCCACCUUGGAGCAAGAAGGGGAGGAAGUGGUGGGACAGGCCCGCUGUCCCUUUGAGUCACGCCAAUCCAAUGUCGGUCUGUUUGCUGGUGGUGAUUUCUACUCGGCCACCAUGACGGACUUCUUGGCAAGCGACGCAGUGAUUUAUCGAAGCCUCGGAGAGAGCAGCCCAGUUCUUCGCACUGUCAAGUACGACUCCAAAUGGCUACGAGAGCCCCAUUUUCUCCACGCCAUCGACUACGGAAACUAUGUGUACUUUUUCUUCAGCGAGAUAGCGGUGGAGUACACCUCGCUUGGCAAGGUGGUUUUCUCCAGAGUGGCGCGUGUCUGCAAGAAUGACAACGGAGGUUCUCCAAGGGUUCUAGAACGUUACUGGACGUCAUUCCUCAAAGCAAGGCUAAACUGCUCUGUCCCUGGUGACUCCUUCUUCUACUUCGACGUCCUGCAGUCACUAACUAACGUGCUACAGAUCAACCACCGACCUGCUGUGCUUGGCGUCUUCACCACACAGGCUAACAGCAUCACCGGCUCAGCAGUGUGUGCUUUCUACAUGGACGACAUCGAGAAAGCCUUCAAUGGCAAAUUCAAAGAGCAGAGGAACAGCGAGUCUGCCUGGACACCAGUUCCUGAGGAGCAGGUCCCAAAACCAAGGCCAGGCUGCUGUGCUGGGGACAGCUCUGCCUCCUCUUACAAGUCCUCCACCACCUUUCCUGAUGAAACGCUGACCUUCAUCAAGUCUUAUCCGCUUAUGGAUGAGUCGGUCCCCUCAGUCAAUGACCGCCCCUACUUCACCCGGACCACCAGCAGGUUCAAGUUGACCCAGAUUGCUGUGGACACCUCAGCUGGGCCAUACAAGAACUACACAGUGGUGUUUCUGGGCUCAGAAAACGGCCACGUUCUGAAGAUUCUGGCCAGCACGCAGGGAGCCAACGCCUCUUUUAGCACCCAACUUCUGGAGGACAUUGAUGUCUACAACCCAGACAGGUGUAAUGUGCGAGGUGAAGAGCGGAAGGUGUUGGGUCUGGAACUGGACAGGGACCACCAUGCUCUAUUUGUAGCCUUCUCCAGCUGUGUCAUCCGAAUGCCGCUCAGCCGCUGCUCCGACUAUGGCAACUGCAGGAAAACCUGUCUGUCUUCGAGGGAUCCUUACUGCGUGUGGCUGAAGUCGGGGAACUGUGCCACCAUCUCACCUGGCUUCAAGGGCAGUUUUGAGCAGGAUGUGGAGAAUGGCUUCCAUCAAUACGCUGAUACCUGCCACGAUGUCCUGGCGACCACUCGCAAGCAAAAUCCAGCAGCCGAUUCAGCAUAUGGGAAGACCUCACCCACAAGCGCCAGUGCAACCUAUCAGGGGGCGGCAUUCCCAAAGGAGGCAGGUGACCCUGAAAGAGAUACAGGUCCUGUUGGCCCACCCCGACCAGGGGAACAGGGGUCACCUGACUCGGAGCCAAUCAGUGUGGAGAUGGAGGGUGUGAGGCGCCCCCCUGAGGUGGAGAAGACCAACCAUAGUGUCCAUUAUACUCUCCUUAUUGCCUGUGUGUUGGUGGCAUUUGUUCUGGGCGCUUUCCUCUCUGGCUUCCUGGUCUCCUGCUACUGUAACCACACAGGCCACAAGACUAAGAGGUUGGCAAAAGAUCCAGAGGCCCCAAUUCCACAUGCCUUGUCCCUUCGCAGCCUGGCUAAGCUCAACGGUCUGCUGGACAACCAAAGCAAAGAUGGGGAUGUGCCCUCUCCAAAGAUCUACAACUCGUUUUUCCCUAACAGCAAAGAGCAUCACCCAUCUAGGAGAAAUGGCCAUCAUGGCGUCACCAUGGGAGACCUAGUUCACCCUCACCACCUCCACCACCAAUCCUCUGAGCUAUCUGGUCUGCCUACACCUGACUCCACCCCAGAAUUGCCCAUUAAGAGCAUAAAGCCCUUCAGGAACCAGUGGGAGAAGAACCAAAACUGCAACAAUGCCAAAGAUCCAAAGUCCCACAACAUGGGCUCCAGACCAAGCUCAGCCCUGCUUCACCAGCAGAUCUUCCCCUACUCCCAUGCACUGUCCAAUGGGCAGCCUCUGGUGGGAGGUCCCAUGCAUCCAGAGGAGCGGAAGAUCCACAAUGCAGAGCGUGUGCUUUCCCAGCAGCCCUACCCCUGUUACCCACAGAAGGUGAUGGAGGUUACCUCCCUGGAUGAGCUCCUGAAGCACAUCCAUGAGGCAAGCAGCAGCAAGACCACCCAGCUCAUGAGUCCAACUGGUCUGAUGGCAAGCGGUGGGGGCUGUGGCCAAUUAGCCUUUGCCAACCGCAUCCAGCCACAGAUCCCCGAGACAGAGUCGGCGCCCUACUACAGCUCCUCCACUUUGCCACGAGACAGCCUCACCCGGCGUAUGGAUGUACCUCCAGACAUACCACCGCAUCACCAGUCCACUCUAGAGAGGAGACACUCCUCUCAAAGGCACUCGCUGAUCGCCGCAGCCGCCAAGAUGUCUAAUGGUGGAGCUGGAAUAGGAGGAGGAGGAAUGAUCCCCAGGCAGCACAGCUUCAGUCAACGGAAUUGCGGGUCCCACCAACCACCUCCUCUCCUUGCACGGAUGAAUUCCACCGGCAGCGCCUGUGAGGUCCACUACCCCCUCAUUCCUAAUGGGUACCUGGCGCGCCAGCACAGCUACAACAGUGAGCAGCAGGAAGUCCUCCACCGGGGGGCUAUCGUCCGCCGGACCUCCUCUCUCAAGCCUGAUGUCCCUCCCAAGCCCUUGUUCAUACCUGCCACUUCCCCAGUCAACCCACAGGGAAAGUUCAACUACUGAGGAAAGAGAGGUGGAAUUCUAGACUGAGGAAGGAUUCUCCCUUAUCCUCGCCUCUUUAAGGAAUUUCCCAUGAAGAAAUGCAAAGUGUUAGAGGUUUCAGACCUUCUUCAGAAAACAAGAUUGUUUGUGUGGCAGCAGGUGUCACUGUGGAUGAAACUUCAGCCAGACUUACCCCCCACACCCCCACCACUCCUUUUUUGUCAAACGGAUAUCUUUGUACCAUAUUGGUAUUGCUCAGCUACUUGCUUAUAGAACCGUAAAGGACUUGGGUGACGUGAUGUCACCACCUUAUCUUAGGCUGCCAACAUCCUCAGUGUGGAUUUACAUUGCGACUUAGAUUUUUGGAUGCAUCGGUGUUUAAAAACUUUACACAUCAGUUAUCCUCAAGACUUAAAAGCCAGAGCCUCCUGCAAUGCUUUCAAGUUAGACUCUUGCUUUUGAUGAUCUUUUUCUGAUGUAGUGUUGGUAACCAGUUCUGACCCACCCCCAUCCUCGAAUGUGUUUAUAUUAUGCAUGUGUGUGUAUAUAUAUAUGUGUGUUUAUAUCCACACCGAAUAUGUAUACAUAUACAUAUGCAGUACAUGUAACCUGUGGUGAAAAGUCAUCAAAUUCCCCUGAAAGUAGUUAUGUCUUUGCCUUAUUAUACUCCUUCAUCUUUGGGCAUACUGUAUCGAAAAUUCCCUUGAUAAAGGAAAUGUGGACAACCCAUGUCUGAGGGAUACCAAAUUAUGCACUUCAUUAGCAAAUUCCAUGCUCGAUUGGCUUAAAGAUUUAAUAAAUUUCUGAUACUGACACUGCAGAGUAAACCCUUCAAAGCAGCUGGUCUUUUCUGGUUUCCGUUUUUGGCUAGUUAUCCUGUCCCAGCAGAUGUCAGGUUACAUCCUAAAUGGUGAAGUAGGGUCCACUAGCGUUAAUUUCAGAAUACUGCAAAUGCAUUGGUGCUCCACAUCCCCAAUGGGUUCUACAUCCUCUUAAAUGGAAAUAAAACUUUACUUUCCAAUAUUUGGACCCAAAGAAGAACAGGACAGUAAAUGUCAUCUGAGAGAAUUAACGUGACAUAGUAUGGACUGCAGUUGCUAUAAUUAUUAACUUUAUGACUAUUGGUUGUAAAUAAAGGAAUAAAUACUAGCCAAACUUAAACUGUAUGUGUAAAUGUGUGCCUUAUUUAAUAUAGUGUGUUAUAUGAGGGGUAAAGGAAUGGAGUUAAGAUAGCCACUAUAGUUGAUGUUUCAUUUUGUAUGGUUGUAUGUGUCUGUUGUAAAUCUCAAGAGUUUCAUUCCAAAACAAGGUGUUUGCCAUUUGAGAAAUAUGUCACCCAGCAGAAAAACAGAUGAAAGUAUUCUUUAGAAAAAACCGCUGACAUGAAAGUAUAAGCCUUAAUUGAUUGUUUUUAAGUUAUUGGCUACCUGUAGCUAUUAUCGAUGAGAAACAUUUUGACAAUGUAGUCAUCUUUGUUUCCUAAAUAGUAAAGAUAAAUAGUGGGUCACUUGUUUUCCAAAAUGUUAACAUAUUGGGCCAGAAGAGAGGUUUGAGUGGCUCAUCAGGUCCUCUUCCUCUGAAAGGCCAGAGUUCAGUCUCAGGCCUACCUGUUGAUGUGUCCCUUAGCAAACUACCCAACCCCCACAUGACCCAGGGGCCCCACACUAGUUAAUGGAGCCUGUACUUCAGCCAGUGUAAAAAGAGAUUUCAUCAAGUCAGGAGUAUGUAGAAAAUUUGUAUCAAAGAGGAUUUUGGAAUGAAACCCUUUAUUUGUACUUUUAUUGAAAAGCAUUUUUUUGUUUUUGUUUUUCUCUACAUCGCUUAAGGUCUGAGCCUGCAGGGUUUGUUCUGGGGGCCGGGGUUUUGGUGGCAGAGUACCAAGCUUGAGGCUGCAGAUGUUUGAGGUGUCCAUUCUUUUCAUGUGUGUUUCCACCGGGUUUAAGUUCUGAUUGCCGUUGUAAAUCAUUUUGUUUAGCAUUAGCCUUUAUUUAGGUUAGCCGUGGAGCACAGUUCCUCUUGAGCUACACGUAUAGCCAUUGUCAAAGUCCCAAAUUUACUCCACAUCGAAGAGGUGGUGUCUGGAAAAUUCAGUUAAACCGGAAGUUGUGAGGAAUCGUCUGGCAAAAAGUUGGACCAAAACGUUUACCUUUCAUUACAAUGGGCUAUAUUAAUGAAAACAUUUGAGAAAGAGUUGUCUUAAUAAUACAAAAUAUAGAAUUGAUGGAGGCUAAAUGUAGAAUAUGGACUUCUACAAUGGCUAGUACUGUACAAUAUCACACCGGGUACCAACUUCAACAAUUAAGGUUGGGAAUUUAUUUUCCCGUUGUUUCUUUUUCCCGUUUUAAAAUAGGAAUGGUGAUGGUAUGUUCUUCCUGCCUGAAAUGUGUGGAAACAUGCAGAAAUGCGUUGAACUCUCUUAUCCAACUCCCUGAUCAAGUUAAGAUUGUCCUUGGAUCGGUGUGUUUGGGAGUGAUCGUGGAAAGGUUUCCUGGGUCUUUGGGUCGCUGAACAUCUGCCGAGGAUUUUCCUCAGGGAUGGGAAAGCCAGUUGGCUAAGCCUCACAAACAUCGGCCCCUCAAAUCUCUCCGCUGUUGCACUUUUUUUCGGCAAAGUCGUUUUGGCCACAGCCGACUGGAAUCUUGAUCAAUUCUGGGGAAGCGACACGAGACGCUUUCUGUAUCUGUGUGGUAUUCACUUGAUUCAUAUUUCCUAGAGCUCUUCUGGUCUGAUGCAAAGUUCACCAUUCACAAUGCAAUCCGAGGCCAGGACAGCAGAGGAAAGCAGCCCAUCACUCACUGGACACGAGCUCUGCUGUAAGGAAGGAACGUGAUUUGGAUACAGCAUGCAAAAGUGCAUUAAAUCACCUAUUGAAUAAUAUAUGAUGAAAGUCUGUGACCCAAAUAUCUCACAAGAGGAAUUGUGGCAGCUACGGUGUUUGUGUUGAAUAAUAUUUUAUAUCAGUUGGCAACAGAGAUUGUAUGAGAAAGGGAAGGGUCCCUACUCUUAACAGCUAUGUCAGUAUUUGAUUUUUCUGAACUUGCACAGAGUGUAAAUACAUUCUAUCCGGGGCGGGAUCACAUUGAUUCAGUAUUCUGUUGUUUUUGUUUGAUUUCCGGGCUACACCUCUUGAGCUACUAUGAAUUUGGUCUCACAGAAUACCCAUUGUAUGUCUCUUAUACUAGGAAUAAAUGAAAAAUAUA